CGUUCGUCGUUUAAAUAAGAGGCUUUUAUGUGGGAGGUCCGUAGCCCAAAGGGAGCAUCCCAUUCCCACUCCUGGUUGUGCUUUCACAGAAACAAGAAGAAGAAGAAGAAAACGAAGGAAUCAUCACCAGAUAUGGCUCGGAGCAUCUCCUACAUAACAGGGUCUCAGCUCCUCUCUCUCAGGCGCCGCCCCAACAAUAUCGCCAUCAUCGAUGUCAGGGAUGAUGAAAGGAGCUACGAUGGGCACAUAGCAGGGUCUUUGCACUACCCCAAUGACAGUUUCUAUGACAAGAUCUCCAAUCUCGCUCAAGAAGUCAAAGCCAAAGACACCCUCGUUUUCCACUGCGCUCUCAGCCAGGUCCGAGGCCCGUCCUGUGCGCGAAAGUUUGCCAAUUAUCUUGAGGAGAUGAAGGAAGAUACAGGAAUUAAAGACAUUUUGGUUUUGGAGCGUGGCUUCAAUGGCUGGGAAUCUUCUGGUAGACCUGUUUGUCGCUGCAACAGCAUUCCCUGUAAGGGUGAGAUUCAGACUGAGACUGAGACUGAGAAGAAAGCAUAAUGCUUUGCUCAAACUUGCUGGGAACUGGGAAGCAAGCAUGUUCUGCCCACUUAUCUGUACCCUGUACUCUAUCUAAUUGUGUAAUGCCAUAUGUAAACGACUUUUACUGCUGCUUCCACUCUGUAACUCACCUUGCCCCUCUAUAUUCUUGUCCUUGUAGUCUUCAUGGUAUUGAGACGUAUAUGAGAUUGAAGUUGAAUCCAUCUAAGAAAGUGUUCCC